AUGGAUCCAACAAAUCCAUACAGUCAAAAUUCAAGCUUUGUAAACCUCUUAAGUAGUCAACAAGAAGGCCAGUUCUUUAACCUUAAUGAGUAUGAGAGUUUCUCACCUAGUGUAGAACCUGUGUUUAGUACACAGUCUACUGAUCAGCCAAGCCCAGCUGUGGAGGACCCAAAGAUCCAGUCGUUGGGAAUGAGCAAAGGGCUGAGGCUUUCUGGAAGAGGAUUCAAGCAUACUUUAACUCAAGUAUGCUAUGAGGCAGCAAUGAAAGAGCAGUCUUCUGGACAGAACCACAAUGAUGUGAUGAAAGCAGCUAACCGGAUCUUCUUCAACGAUCAUGGGGUGAAGUUCACUCUUGAGCAUGCAUGGAGGGAGCUAAGGCAUGAUCAGAAAUGGUGUUCAUCAUUUUCUGGUAAAGAUGUUGGAAGAUCUAAAAGAAGAAAGGUUGAUGCUCAAGAAGGUGGAGCUGAGUGUGCUCAAGAAGAUGUAGAUGCUGAAGUUGUUGCUCGUCCUCAAGGUGUUAAGGCAGCUAAGGCCUUGGGUAAGAAGAAGACCACCUCAGCUAAAGAAGAUGACAAGGACAUGGUGGAGUUUCUGAACAUGUGGGAGAUCAAGAAGAAAGAAUUAGAGAUGAAAGAUAAGCUUUGUAAUAAGAAAAUGCUUGACACUCUUCUUGCAAAGUCAGAGCCAUUAUCUGAUAUAGAAAUGGCUCUGAGGAACAAGUUAAUUAAUGACAUGAUGUCAUAA